CAGAAAGCAGGGAAAUUGCGGAAAAUCCUCUUCCUCCCUCUCUAAAUGGCAACCUCCUUAUCAUGAGGCUCUCCAGAGACUCCUAGGGAGGAGGAGCGGGAGCACCCGCCCUCCACAACGUUUAUUCUUUUAUGCUCUCCGCCUCGGCCCAGCUGGUCUGGUGACCCGUGGAUCCAGCCAUGCUCAAAUGAGCUGCGGCCUUUGCCCGGCAAUGGGCGGCUUUGGGGGGGGCUCGGCUUCCCCGCCGAUCACCCACUCGACCGGAUCAACAACACCGAAGAAGGUGCCUGCCAUUCCGUCGAGACAAAAAUGAGGAACACAGGAAGGUUAUGGAAGCCCACGCUCCGCGCCCAGCACCGGGGCUUCUCGUCUUCCUCCCGCCGGCUGGAUAACUACGCCUUCAUCGGUCUGGGUCAGAUGGGGUUUCAGAUGGCAAGGAAUCUCCAGGCCAAGCUACCACCAAGCGACACUGUCCGCGUCUUUGACAUCAACAAGGCCGCCGCCGAGAAGCUGGUGCAUGUGAUGAAGACACAGCAAGCCGGCGGCGCGGUGGCGGAGGCGGCUGGCAGCGCCGAAGCCGCGGCUAGGGAUGCGAAUACGGUUAUCACCUGCCUUCCGGAGCCAAAACAUGUCAAGUCGGCGUACGAGUCUAUCCUCUCGGCGUAUAACGCCGCCCAAAAGGACGAGGCUCCUGCGCAUUCCAAACCGCGGCUCUUUAUCGACUGCUCUACCAUCGACCCUUCGUCGUCACGCGAGGUCGCUAAUGCCGUCUCCACUGCUUUCCCCAAUGGCCGAGGAAGCUUUGUGGACGCACCCAUGUCGGGUGGAGUCGUCGGGGCGACGGCCGGGACCUUGACCUUCAUGCUCGGGGCACCACAACCCCUGCUCAGCCGCAUCGAGCCGAUUCUUCUCCGGAUGGGCAAGCGGGUGUUACACUGCGGCCCGCAGGGAGCCGGCCUGUCGGCCAAGCUCGCCAACAACUACCUACUCGCGAUUGAGAACAUCGCGACGGCAGAGGCCAUGAACCUCGGUGUCAAGUGGGGCCUGGACCCCAAGGUCCUCGCCAGCGUCAUCAACGUCAGCACUGGAAAGUGCUGGCCGAGUGAGGUCAACAACCCCGUGCCGGGCGUCGUGGAAACGGCGCCGGCGAGUCGGGAUUAUGCAGGCGGGUUCGGUAUCGGUCUGAUGCGAAAGGACCUGAGGCUCGCGAUGCUUGCGGCCACGGAGGCGGGUGCAGACCUUCCUCUAGCGGACAAGGCAUCAGAGGUGUAUGAGACUGCCGAGUCGGAGGAGAGGUGUAAGGGGCGCGACUUUUCGGUCGUCUAUCGGUGGCUCGGUGGGAAAGAGUGAUGGUCAUGGCCUUUUAUUGAGUACGAAUAGCCUUACAUCAAUGAAGUUCUCACGGACAUUAUUGCCGAUAUCCUUCUCCCGCUCCUGUGCUAGCAAUAUUAUCCGAUGAUUGCGGCCACAGAAAUAUGCAACCCCCUCGGCGGCACGAGCUUGGUGGGUGGGACACAAU